AUGGUGGUGGAGCCAUUCCACAGUCAGUUGAAAAUCACGAAGAUGUUGGGUCGUUUGACGCAGGUUACUCGCGCGAUGAAGCCGGCCGGCUCGCGCGGCAUGGCGGGCCAUGCCCACUCGGGCCCCCCGCCGACGGGCAUCGAAGCGGUCAUCCGCUCGAAGCUCCCGGAGGACUACCAGAUCGUCAUGGCGACGCUCGGUAUCUACACGGUGCUCACGGCGCCUCUGUGGUUCCCCAGCAGCAAGAAGGAAGCCCCCAAGGUCGAAGCCGUCACGGCGCCGGCCUCGACGAACUCGGUCAUCCCGUCGAUCGCCGACGAGACGUUUGAGGAGUGGGCCAAGGUCGCUGGCAACAUGGCCAAGUGGGAGGAGAGCCUGAACACGAUCGGCCAGUAA